CAGCGAAACCCAAUCAUCUCAACUCACUGCGACCUGCCUGCUCUUGCCAUAGACUUUCUCAACCACUCUCUCAAGCUAUUAUACAAUACUUGGGGAGGUCUUUAAACACACAACUAGGCACAGAAGUCACACCUCUUCCAAGAUGAAGACUUCGGCCAUCCUUCUCUCCCUCCUCACCGCCGUUUCGGCCUCGUUGUUUGGUGGACAGGGCCAAAGUGCUCUUGUAGACGAUGCGUUCUCGGUGCCUGGAAAGAACCCUCUGAACUUCUGCGCCGAUCCAAAAGAGUAUAUCCUUACUGUUGACUACGUCGACCUAUCACCGAACCCACCUGUACCAGGUCAAAAACUGACCAUCACUGCCAACGGUACCUUCUCCAAGGACAUCGAGGCCGGCGCCACCGUCUUCCUGCAAGUCAAAUAUGGCUUGAUCACUCUUAUCAAACAAGAAGCCGAUCUCUGCGAUAACCUGCCGAAAAUCGACAUGUCUUGCCCAGUCAAGGAGGGCGUUCUGUCACUGACAAAAGAGGUUGACAUCCCUAAGCAAGUGCCACCCGGGAAGUACACUGUCCUCGCCGAUGUCAACACAGUCGAUAAAGAAAAGAUCACUUGUAUGGAGAGCACAGUCUUCUUUUCCAGACCAGGAUCAUCAUGAGCUGGGAAGAGGCUGGGACGCAGAGAGAUGGCAUCCGUCGAGCGAGAAUGUUCAGCAUGGUCUGC